AUGGCGAAGGACAGCAAGCUGUAUGAUCUUUUGGGUGUUGCACCAACCGCAACGGAAACAGAACUCAAGAAAGCAUAUAAGGUCGGGGCUUUGAAACAUCACCCAGAUAAGAAUCAACAUAACCCCAAUUCCGAGGAUAAAUUCAAGGAAAUUUCCCGUGCAUAUGAAAUCCUUUCCGAUCCCCAGAAGCGCCAGAUCUACGAUCAAUAUGGUGAAGAAGGCUUGGAGGGUGGUGGAGGAGGAGCAGGUGGCAUGAAUGCUGAAGAUUUGUUUUCGCAAUUUUUUGGUGGUGGCGGUGGUGGAUUUGGUGGUAUGUUUGGUGGUGGCGGUGGUGGCGGUGGUGGUAUGCAACAACGUGGUCCACCAAAAGCCCGUACCAUUCAUCACGUCCACAAAGUUUCACUUGAGGACAUCUACCGCGGAAAAGUCUCCAAACUCGCCCUUCAGAAAUCCGUCAUCUGCCCUAAGUGUGACGGACGAGGUGGAAAGGAAGGCGCCGUUAAGAAGUGUGCCGGAUGUGAUGGCCAUGGUAUGAAGACGAUGAUGCGCCAAAUGGGACCCAUGAUCCAGCGUUUCCAGACUGUCUGCCCCGACUGUAGUGGAGAGGGAGAGAUUAUCCGCGAGAAGGACAAGUGCAAGGGUUGCAACGGCAAAAAGACUACCGUGGAAAGAAAGGUCUUGCACGUUCAUGUCGACAGAGGUGUUCGCAGCGGACACAAGAUCGACUUCCGAGGCGAGGGUGACCAGACGCCAGGAGUUCAACCAGGUGAUGUCGUUUUCGAGAUCGAGCAAAAGCCGCACGACCGUUUCCAACGCAAAGACGACGAUCUAUUUUUCCAUGCCGAUGUUGAUCUUGCUACUGCACUCGCUGGUGGCACAAUCUUUGUCGAACAUUUGGAUGAGCGAUGGUUGAGUGUUGAUAUUAUUCCAGGAGAAGUCAUUAGCCCAGGAAGUGUCAAGAUGAUCCGUGGCCAAGGUAUGCCUUCAUACCGUCAUCACGAUCACGGAAACAUGUAUAUCCAAUUCGAUGUCAAAUUUCCCGAGAAGAACUGGACCGCCGACCCUGCAGCGUUCGAGGCCCUCAAGACUAUUCUUCCACCAGCUCCAGAAGGAGUCAAACCACCUGCCGAUGCGAUGACCGAAGUAGCGGAUCUCGAGGACGUCGAUGCCAGUCAACAAGCUAGAGCUUCAGGCGCGGGUGCCAUGGACGAAGAUGAUGAAGAUGGGCAACAAGGCGAACGUGUCCAAUGUGCUUCCCAAUAA